UUCGCUUUCUGUGGAUCACGUUACUUUAUGCCAACAGUUUACAUUACAUUGGUUGUGGUCACACUGAAAUUGGGUUAAAAAAAAGUCCUCUUAGCAUAAUGCAAGCGUUUUCAUUUGUUUUUCUAAUUCUUUUUGGGGCCGCAUUUGGCUCGCCCCCUCUUCAACUAUCCCCAUUUACCGGGUUCCAAGAGGACAUUUCUCCUUCUAAUGGAAUACUUGCGGGGGUGCGUCUCUCCAAAGAUUUAGUUCCAUUGCAUUACGAUGUCCAAAUUCGUCCAAUCAUCAACCUCCCUGUGGACGACCCUGAACAAUUUACUGCACCCGGCGAGGUCACCAUACGACUCCGUUGUGUCACUCCCACCACAAACAUUACUCUGCACUCAAAUGACAUUGAUAUUCAUUAUGACGAUGUCACGGUACGAAUUGUCCAAACCAGUAUUUCCAUCCGAAUUGUCACUCACACGAACGACUCGUCAAUGUCGACUUACUCCAUGCAACUAGAAAGCAGUCUGGACGCCGGUCUUGAGUACGAAGUAUUCAUCCCCUUUACGGCUAAAGUGGGCAACCGACUUUCAGGCCUGUACCGAAGUAGUUAUUUGGAUGCUGCGGGACAGCAAAAAUGGCUUGCAACCACGCAAUUUCAAUCAAUUGGGGCACGACAGGCUUUUCCUUGCUUCGAUGAACCUGGGUUCAGAUCUACAUUCAACGUAACUAUUGGUCGGGCGGAGGGUUAUCAUAGCUUAGCAAAUGCUCCCCUCAAAGAAACCGUUCCAAUUCCCGGAAUGGAAAACUGGUUUUGGGAUAUUCAUGAGGUAACUGUCAGCAUGCCAACAUAUUUGGUUGCAAUGGUCAUAUCAGAUUUUGUCUCAGUAGACGCCCCAACAGGGAUCAGCACUUAUGAUGUUAAGAUUUGGGGUCCUCCCACUAUUACAAACAGUAUCACUGCAGAGUUCUCAGCAAGAUCGGCAGCCCAAAUUGUGUCAUUUUUCGAAAAUUAUUUGGAAUCUCCGUAUCAAUUUUCAAAGCUUGAUUCAGCAGCGAUUCCGGAUUUUGCGGCAGGAGCUAUGGAGAACUGGGCUUUGAAUACAUAUCGCAUUGCCUACUUGAUAUAUUUUGAAGGAGAGUCGACCCAAAUGGAACAGUGGCGAGAAGCCGCCGUCAUUGCCCAUGAAAUUUCGCAUCACUGGUUUGGUGACCUUGUUACUUGCAACUGGUGGAAUGACAUCUGGUUGAACGAAGGCUUUGCCUCGUACAUGGAGAUUAUUGGAGCCGCAAGCGCCACAGGCAGCGAUUUUGAUGCAAUGAACCGAUACCCAAUUGAUAAGAUUCAACUAGCCAUGGAUUUUGACGCCGGUGCAACCACUCAGCCUAUACGAAGCAAUGUCACUGAUGAACUGGGGGGCAUACCAAGUCGGAUCAUAUAUGAAAAAGCGGCCUCAAUUAUAAGAAUGAUGCAAAGUUUCCUGGGUGAAGCCACUUUUAUUGCAGCGAUUAGAAACUACUUAGAUAAAUAUGCCUACGACAAUACGGUCCAGGACCAAUUAUUUGAAGAACUACAAGCACAAGUGGAUAUCGAUGGAACUCUGACGCAAUAUCCGGUGAAGGCUGUUCUGGACUCUUGGACCCUUCAAUCAGGAUUUCCCAUAGUUACUCUCUCGUGGAUUGGAGGGAGUGCUGUCCUAAUUUCUCAGGAAAAAUUCCGACUUUCUCAACAACAAAGAAAUGCUAACAGCACGCAAGCCAAUGAUUUGUGGUUCGUCCCAAUCUCAUAUGCUACGAAAUCUAAUCCAGACUUUUCUGACACAAACUGGAAGCCAAAGUUUUGGUUGGAUAACUCAACUGCUAGCGCAACGCAUUUGAUUUUUGGAGCCGGCACGGACUGGAUCGUUUUAAAUCCUGAUGCCAGAAGUUACUAUCGAGUCCUCUACGACGCCCAUUUCUUCCAAUUGAUUAACGUCCAAUUACUGAGUGACCAUUCCGUGGUAAGCCUUGCGAGUAGAAGCCAACUCAUUGAUGACUACUUCAAGAGUGCCUUUGCAGGUUACGUUCCAAUCGAGGAAGCCCUUGAGCUUACUAAAUAUCUUGAAAACGAGGCUGAAAAUACCGUAUGGACAACAGUCUUCAAUAAUCUUAGGACUCCAAACCGACGAAUGAUUGACACUCCAUUUUAUACAAAGUUUUCGACCUACAUGCUGAGCAAAGUCACCCCCGCCUUGACCAGAAUUGGAUGGGAACAACUACCAUCAGACCGUCCGGUGACCAUCAUUCUUCGAACUCAAUUACUGGAUUGGGCCUGUGCCCUUGGUUCCCCACAAUGCACUACUCUUGCUGAAGAUUACGCUAUAAAGUUGGCUGAGGGCACCGGGGUUCCUGCUGACCUCCAGCCCAUGAUUUUCUGUAAAGCCGUUAGUAUUUCAGACUCCCUCAAUCUUCCGGGAGAAUUUAGCGUCAAAGGAUUCCUCUUGCAGCAAUAUCUUGGAGCAAGCAGGGCAGAAAGAUUUACAGUUUUCAUUAAUGCUUUAGCUUGUGAUGCCCCCAGCUACAUUUUGGGCUGGCUGGAAUUGGCGACAUCGACGUCGUCACCUAUCACUACAGCUCACGCCGUUCAGUUGAUUCAACGACUCACAGAAAAUCCAGUGAAUCGAGCAAUGAUCAUUAACUAUUUCGCGAACGAUCUCGUACGAAUUAUUGCCGUACUUGGAGAGAGUUCUGUAAGUAGCAUGGUAUCAUCAAUGGCAGCGUAUACGUCUGAAACCACUACAAGUGCACAGUUGAGGAGCUUUAUUGAGGUCGCAUUGGAGGUGGUUACCGACGGAAAUGUGAGAUCAUCGCUCACCGCUUCAAGAACACAAUUAGAUGCAAAUGCAGAUUGGAUCGCCACGUGGGGUCCUAAAAUUGACACUUGGCUUGACUCUCAACUUUCACCGGAAUAGUUGUUGCAUGUCAGUUUAUGUAACAAGUCCGAAACAAAAUUGAUGUUUCAUAAAUAAGUACUGGUAUUCAAACAAAGGUGUUUACGACAAAUACAACGUUCAUAUUAAUUUCAUUUAAAUAAUAAAAUGGCGGAUUUUUCAAUUGUAGUAAUCAUUAA